GUUUGUGGCCCCCGGACCGGAGCUCCGUGGUUAGCCACCACCUCACCCCCGUAAUGUGGGGAUGUCUGAACUGUGGCUCGAGCCAGCGUCAUUCUGCACGUCAGCUCCUCUCGCCGUUGCAAAGUGCAGGCCUAACACCUGAGACACCAAAUUAGCAAGGACCCGUAUGCUGGCUUUCUGACUGAGAAAACAUGGCAUUUCCUAUCGAUUAUGUGAGGAAGUCGUUCCCUGCUCUUCAGCAAGACCAAGUCUUCUUUGACAAUGCCGGUGGUAGCCAGACCCUGGGCCAGUCGAUUGAAGAUAUCCGGCGCUACCUGAUGGACACCAAUGUUCAGUUGGGUGCCUCGUAUAACGUCGGUACCAAGGCAACGGAUCGGUAUCAAAUAGCAUUCGAGGCGAGUGCACGAUACGUCAACGCCAACGUCGACGAGAUUGCAUACGGCGCGUCCACCACACAACUAUUCCGCAACCUAUCCUGGACGCUCCAGUUUAGUGAGGGGGACGAAAUCGUUAUUUCAGCCCUUGAUCAUGAAUCCAACAUUGCUCCAUGGGUCGAUCUUGCACAACGCCAGAAACUUGUCAUCAAGUGGUGGGAGCCUUCGGGCAAUGACCCCGCAUUGAAGCCUGAUAACCUCCUGCCUCUUCUUUCGUCUAAAACGAAGCUGGUGACCUUGACACAUGCUAGCAAUGUACUUGGAACGAUUACUGAUGUCCGCAGCAUUUCCGAGCUGGCACAUCAAUAUGGCGCUUUGGUCUGUGUCGAUGGCGUUGCCUUGGCACCACAUCGGCCUAUUGACAUGAAGCUCUUGGGGGUGGACUUCUACUGCUUCUCUUGGUACAAGGUAUACGGUCCGCACGUAUCAAUGCUGUAUGCCAGUUGGUCUGCCCAACUGAAGAUGAAGUCCUUGGGCCAUUUCUUUAAUCCGCAUGUUAGCCUUGCUGAUAAACUUGGUCUGGCUGCGGCAAGCUACGAGCUUAUCCAAGCGGUACCUUCGGUUGUUGAAUACCUGACGUCAAACACAAACAUCAACUGGGAUGGUAUAAUCGAUCACGAGGCAAAACUACAGACAAAAUUGCUCGAGUAUCUCGCGCAGAGGCCUGAUGUCACCAUAUACGGAUCCAAGACUGGUGAUUCUCAAGUCCGCCUUCCCAUCGUUAGCUUCACUAUCCGUGGCUGGAGCUCCAAGAAGUUUGUAGAGGCAACAGAGAAGCUAGGCAACUAUGGCAUCCGAUGGGGAGCGUUUUAUUCUAAUCGCCUAGUUCGUGGGCCCCUACAACUUGGUUCGGAGGGCGUCAUUCGUGUUAGCAUGGUUCACUACAACACUGAAGAGGAAAUCCAAGGUCUUAUCGGCGUUAUGGAUAAGCUUUUGACAUCAGCAGAAUCUGUCCCUGGGUCCACGUAAAGAGUACAUAAAUCUUGCUCACAAGUCAUGAUAUUAUAUGUUUCGUAUAUUCUUCUAUUUUCGUAAUCAUAAACUCCUUCAGGAUAUGUCGGUGGUAUUAAAUUAUUACAUCCUUUACAAUUUUGCGCUGUCGACAAAGCUUCUGUCCUCGAUAGCCUUGCGGAGCAGCUUAAUCAUGGCAGCGGGAUCUUGUGCCUGGAAGACAGCGCUACCAGCCACAAUAACAUUUGCGCCAGCCUCUGCAGCUUGGUCGAUAGUUCCAUGGCCAAGGCCACCAUCGACUUCAAUGUUAAGAUCGGGGUACUUUUCGCGGAGGGCUUGCACCUUGGGCAGCUCAGAAGCCAUGAACUUUUGGCCACCGAAGCCAGGGUUGACAGUCAUAAUCAGAACCA